AUGCUGGCCCCUUCCAGAAACCACAGAGCGGAGGCAAAGUUUAACGUCGCUACUGAGUGUAUGUCAUUCAAUUAUUUACCUUUAUUUUAUGGUUUUUCUGACUAUAUGACAGUCCCACAUCUAGGACUUCAUUCAGCUGCUGCAUCAGGCGACAUCGGACUGGUUCAGUUUGCUCUCAAUCAUGGUCAACCAGUAAACUCUGUUUUAGACGGCGUUCUACCUUUACACGCUGCUUGUGCAGGUGGUAAUGAUCUCGUAGUCAAUCUUCUCAUCCAACACGGAGCAGACGUCAAUGCAUCAAGACUUCCCCGCAGAUAUUCUGAUCGCAGCCGUGAUUCUGCCGCUCCUAUAGUUGGUACUUCUGGUGCAACCCCACUCCACUUCGCUGCUGCAAACGGUCAC